GCAAAAACACCCUUGGGAGACUACAAAGCGUUUUAUGCGAUUUCCAUUGAAUUUAAUGGCAAAUAAAGGGCGUUUAAGGUAAUAAAUUUGGAAAAAAAUUUCAAAAAAUUUAUUUAGAAAAUUGUCCACAUCUUCCUCCUCUUCCUCCUUUUCUGAAGAAGUUUGGCUUAGAAUGCGAACAAAUAACGAACAAAACAACAUAGAAAAAACUCCCCAAAAACAACGUUCAGUUGAAAAUCGUCGCUUUACAGAAUCCCCAAAAGCGUUGAGACGAAGUUUUCGUCGAGUUCGACAACGUGGAGGAUCUGUACAUUUUUCUAAAAUUAAAUCUGAAGAAGAAGGAAAAAGAAUUGUUAGGCCAAACAGUCUCAAUUUAAAAUUAAAUGGAAAUUGUGGGGAUGGAAGGAAUUAUUUAAUUAAGAAUGAACGAGAAAACAUUGACGAAGAACAGAAAAUAGAAAAAGGAAUUGACAUUAAAAAAAUUAAAAAUGGGGAAGAAAUAGUUGAAAGUUUAAAAGAAAAUGAUUCAAAAGAAGAGGAUGGAGAAGAAUCAAAAAAUGUUACAGAUUUUGCUUUUCAAUUACAACAAAAAAUGACAAGCGUUCUCAGACAUCAGUAUGGUAAUGGUAGAAAACUUCACGUUUUAUUUGUGGAUAGUCCGGAUAUUUGUAAUCUUCGAAAAGAAAAAUUCGACAACAACGAAAACCAAGGGAAAUAUCAAAGGAGAAAAUGGUCUAGUGAACGUUUACCUUCUAAAAGUUUAUUAAAAAAUCGACGAUUAUCAAAUUCUAAAAAUGAAGAAAAAGAAGAAAAUAAUUUUUUAAAAAGAAAAAAUGAUUUAAAAACCAACAAUUCUUUAAUUAAUCAAAAAGUAUUUUUUGAAAGAAAAUAUUUUGAUCUAACAAAAAGACAUUCAAAUGCAAGUACUGGAAGUGGAAAUGGAAUUAUUUAUGGCAAUAAUAGACAUAAAGAGAAGGCACGAGCAACAAAAGUUGUAGAAAAAAUUGAAAAAAAUGAAUUUACUGAAGCAAAUGACGAAAAAUUAAACAUUAAAAGGCGUUUUUGGUCACUUAGAAAUAAAAAGAGAAAAUUUAGCAAUAAUAUUAACUGUGAUAUUAUUAAUUGUGGAAAGAAGUUAAGCAAUAGCUGUGAAACUGUUGGAACUCGACUUGCUUUAUUCGAACAAGGAUGUGAACAAGAUCGUUUAACUGGUGAAUGGGUUCAAGUCCAAAUUUUACAUCUUCCAAACGAGCCGGAAGGAUUGGGGUUUGGCAUAGUUGGUGGACACAGUACUGGCGUUGUAAUUAAGUCUAUAGUUGCUGGAAGUGUGGCAGAUAAAGAUCAGAGGUUAAGACCUGGUGAUAGAAUUCUUCAAAUUGGUCACAUUUCAACGCAAGGACUUAAUAGUCAACAAAUUGCUGCCUUACUUCGACAACAAGACGGCCCUUAUGUCCAAAUGACUGUUGCACAUUCCAUUCAAUUGCAGGAUACAGAAACAACAGAUACCCCAAGUAAAAAAAAUUUUUUUUUAAAUUUUUUUACUAAAAUGGAAGUGAAAUUUUUAAUCAAAAAAAAAUUUAAUUGCGUCAGUUGGUAA